UUUCAUCCUUGCCCCAUCACCAUGAAAUUGCAUACGGCGUCGUUUAGGAAAGGAAACAAGAAACAGACAAAAAGCUGAAACAGAGCGUCGCACGCGAGGAAGAACACGCGUAAACGAAGCAUGGAGAUUCAGGAAGGGUCACCUUCUUGGGGAGUCGAUUGUUCCGCAAUAAUGUGGUGAAGAUUUCUUUCCCUGUCUAAUAAUGAUUCGCCUGAUGGAAAAGAGAGGAGGUGUAUAAAGAACUGGAGAAGAAGGCAAGGUAGCAGCAGGUGAAACGUUCCAGAGCCACUCGAUUAUGGACCGGGUAGCCAAGGAUGAGAGAAUACGAGUACGGAGGCAAACCAUAACAGAUUCUUGAAAUCGAGCUAGUGGAGCAGUGAAGAACUAGGAGCCGUUGAGAUCAGGACAAGCAAAGGCGCCUAGACGGAUAGGAUAACAGCAACCUGGGAGGGACUUCAAUUCUAUCCUGAGUAAAAGGGAGGGAAACAGGGAGUGACAAGAAAAGGAAGGUUUUGGGAGUGAAAUUUUUGGAAUUUUUGUUGGGGAAUCCAGAGAUAGAAGUAGAGGUCAUAUGGAGACGUUUCUUCUUCCUUCCGAUGAAUCCGUGAUUUGGGUUUAAGGAGAAGGGGUUCUGCGUCUUGAAGCUUGAGUGAGAGUAGAGAGGCGGAUUGAAGAAUUCAUCAAUGGCGCAGAUUCCAAACUUGGACAACUCGCCUCUCAAUCUCAAAUCCAUUAGGGAACAGGCACAAAGGGAGCUGAUAAACCUUCUCAAGGACAUUCGAGGAAAGAAGUGUAUGAUUAUUGAUCCAAAGCUGGGCGGUUCGCUUUCGUUGAUUAUUCAGACAUCCCUGUUAAAGGAGCAUGGUGUUGAAUUGCGGCACCUAUCGGGAGACCCGAUUCAGACUGAAUGCAGCAAAGUGGUUUAUCUUGUGCGGUCUCAGCUUAAUUUUAUGAAGUUCAUAUCUUCUCAUAUUCAUAAUGAUGUAUCAAAAGGGCUUCAAAGAGAGUACUUUAUCUAUUUUGUCCCUCGCCGUUCAGUUGCUUGUGAGAAGAUACUUGAGGAGGAAAAAGUUCAUAAUCUUGUGACCAUUAAGGAAUAUCCUUUAUACAUGGUUCCGCUGGAUGAGGAUGUAAUAUCAUUUGAGCUCCAUCUUACUGACAAGGAAUGCCUGGUUGAUGGUGAUACAAGCUCUCUUUGGCAUGUUGCAAAGGCUAUCCACAAACUUGAGUUUUCUUUUGGAUUGAUACCAAAUGUGAGAGCUAAAGGCAAAGCAUCAGUACGUGUUGCUGAUAUUCUUAGUCGCAUGCAAGUGGAGGAACCUGUCAAUUCAUCUGAUAUGGGCAUAUCAGAAAUAAAUACACUUAUCCUUCUUGAUAGGGAGGUUGACAUGGUCACUCCUAUGUGCUCUCAGUUAACAUAUGAAGGGCUGCUCGACGAGUUUUUGCAUAUCAACAAUGGUGCUGUGGAGCUUGAUGCAUCUAUCAUGGGUGUUCAACAAGAGGGAAAAAAGACGAAAGUUCCACUUAAUUCAAG